UCCCUAUUUCUGGACCAAAACCGCAUUUUGGCCAAAAGGUUUUAGGUCUAACCUACAGAAACUACUUGGCCGAGGUGCGGUUUUUGCCUGACCUAUUAAAACCGUAUCAUGAAGAUGCGGUUUGUUUCUCCCAAACAAAACCGCACCCUCAUGGUGCGAUUUUGCCAUACAAACCGCAGCUUAGAGGUGCGGUUUUGGUCAAUCAAUUUCCGACAUACCAUGCAGACGUAACAGACGUGGGUCUGCAUGGGCCUGCAUGGCAUACGAAAACCGCACCUCUAAGGUGCGAUUUUCAUCAGUAAUUUUGCCUAUAAAAGGCCUCCCGGACAACCACUUCUCUUCACACCUCUCCUUCUCCCUUUUCAAUUUUCUAUUGUAGCUCUAUAUUUCUUUAGUAGUUUUGCGAUUAACGUUAACUCGUAAAUUUAUUUAGUAUUACUUUUUAUUGUUAUUUUUUUUAUUGCUAUUAUAUUAACUGAACUACGGUUUUAUCGCAGAUGACAUUCCAAAAGUUCACGCUUGGCUUACGGUGGAAUGGUUACACGGAAGAGACCGGAAAGGGGGUCCCCUACGUAGGUGGCAAUUUUCAGAAGAUAAAGGUCGCUACCAGACCGCUGCUUGAAGACCUCCAUCAAAUGUGCACUAACGUUACUUGCAUGGAUGGCACGAGAAGAGUUGAUCGUAUGGUGUACCGAUAUCCAAACAGAGAAAGUGGGUCAUUGUGGCAUGAGGAAUAUCUGAUAACCACUCAGGAUGAGGUAGAUGCCAUGCUCGAAUUCAUGAGGUCCAACAAUCUUUCCAAAGCCGAGAUGUUCGUUUACACCGAGCCGGUCGUAGACAUUGGAGGUCAUUCUGGACACGGUCAAACAUCUGGUAUCCAUGGUGGAGGUCAAUUAUAUGGCGAUCAUCCCUACCAAAGUUACCAUGAUCCUCAUUCAUAUUUUGAGUACCAAGAGCAAGGUGAAGGUCAUCAUCAAUCUUUCACGUCAUAUGAAGAAGAAGUUCAACCGGACCUCCCCAACCAACCUCAGUACAACUUCCACUCAGGCAGCGGUAGUUUUCACAACUACCAUUAUGGAGCUGAUGAAGGUGCCUUUCAUGAGCUGGAUCAGAUGGAGGAUGCCCUGCCAGCACCAGUCAGUGACCCCUCCGAUGAAGAAGGAGAGAACAAUGUCAGUGCAGACAGCUCCGACCCUCUUGAAGGUGUUGAUGAUUCAGGACCAGAGUCAGACUCAGCUAAUGAUGAUGAGGUGGCUCGUGACUGUGUACCAGUCCCCUACUACAAUCACAUUCCAGACGACAAUUGGAUGGUCAACAGCGACAUGGAGCCGCCAGAGGUCCCAAUAUGGGGUCCACUCACUGGGUUUAUGAAGGGCCAACAAUUUGGCUCGAAGAAGGAGGUGCGGCACGCCAUUGAGAGAGAAGCAAUGACUCGGCAUUUUGAAUGGCACACAACUCAUAGGGAAAAUUUACACGUUAAUUAUUAUAUAUUAGUAAGGGUUUAUUCCUUAUAACUAAAUUAAUUAAAUUAAAUUAUUUUACUUCAAGCAGAAUUUUAUUAUCAUAAAAAGACAUUUCAUAUAAUUAACAUAAUAGCAUUCUAAAUUAAUAAUAAUUUAAAGAGAUACAUACAUAUUAUCAUAAAACAAACAUCCUAAAUUAAUUAACAUAAUAACAUUCUAAAUGAAUAAUAAUUUAAAGAGAUAUAUACAUAUUAUCGUAAAACAAACAUACUAAAUUAACUAAAAUAAAUGACAUUGUUAAUGAAUAAUAAUUUAAAGAGAAACAUACAUAUUCAAAUGUUUGAAAUUAAUAAAAUUCAUUUUGUACACAUCAAAAUAAAUCGUAUUGGUUGUUUGGUAAAUAAUUUAAUCGUGUUGGUUGUUUUAAAUAAUUUAAUCGAAUACAAAGCAACACUCGUUAGACUCUUAAAAGAGGUAUACAUCUUCUUAGAAACGCAGUCUUUUUGACAGAAAAGGGGGGAUCCGAGGAUCUCUUAAUACCCGAUUUUCCCAGGGAAUGGGAGGAUAUGAUAAUCACUUAAAACACCAUUUUCUUAGACGUGCAUCUCUUUAUAAAGAGUCGAAGUAAGUAGCGCUAUGUAUUUGAUUAAAUUAUUGAAAGCAACCAACACGAUUAAAAAUUCAACAUAAAUUUAUUUUAUAUUCCACUAAAUACAUUAACAAAAUAAAAGAAGGACAAAUGGUAAAGAAUUGUAUGUACCGGGUGAGCGUUCCAAACAUCCCUUGACCGAUGGUUGGGUUGGUCGUACAAGUCGGUUGGAUCCAAAGGUCCUUGCUCGAGAUAAUACCGUUGGUUGUAUAUAUCCACGUCCUCCCCAACCUACGAGAAAAUAACAACGAGGUUAGUACAUAGAUUAAUUAAAAAGCUUAUAACAACAACAAAAAUUAAACCAGAAUAAUGAGUACGUACCUCUUGAAAUUCAUCAACAUAAACUCCCUCUCCUUGCCACCAAUCGGCCAUUUUUCGGCGCAAUUCGCACAGAGCUUCGGCUCGGCGGGUUUUGAGGAAAAAACCUAAGAAAUGUUUUCUGAUGGCAGAUCGGACUUAGCCGCAACCAACACACCACUAUUUCCUAGGCUUUUGGAGGGGGAGGGUUUAGAGAGAUAAAUUGUAGAGAGAGAAGGAAGAAUGGGUUGUGGUGUGAAGAAAUGAGAGGGGAAGGGGGGGUAUUUAUACCCAUCAGACCGCACCCUCCAGGGGCGGUAGGGUAAUUUUGCCCAACGCAAAACCACUCCCUCCCAAUGCGUUUUGCGCUUCCCUAGGGUUGACCGCAUCUCGGGCGUGCGAUCCAUGAUCCGUGGCGCGGAUCGCUCCGCUAGCAAGCGUUCAGCCGCCCGAUCGCCCCUCCAUCCAACGGUCUUGAAGACCGUUCCGCAGCAGCAUUAAAUUGCACCGCCCUAGUGCAUUUUGUAAGCUGGAACGCACCCCUAUGGUCCGUUACAAAAAAAUUGGUGCUAUUUCUGUCAAUUUUUUCAUAUGGGUGCUAGUUUUAUAAUUUUUUUAUAGGUGCUAUUAUUGUCAAAAUCCCGAGAUGUGAUUACCUCCCAUUGAUUGGCGAAUUGAUGCGCGUUGGACGUUAGGUUACUUAAGGAAGAAGACUAUUAGAUGAACCAAAACUACAAAAUAGAGUAAUUAUUAAUUAAACUAGUUACUCUUGUGGCGAAAUAAUUGAUUAUUGGAUCUCAUCCUGGGAAAAAAAAUAUUUGUGGAUUUCAUCACUAUAAACCGAAAAUUGUGCA